AUGGGUAUUUGUUCAGGAGUAUGUUAAUAACAGGCUAAAAACAUAGUAAAUGAAUCUGCAAUAAUUACAGAGACUAUAAAAUAAGCAUUAUAAGAAGAUGCAAUAACUAAUAAAGAAAUUUAUUAAGAGGAGAGAUAUUUACAUAUGGAGACUGGUGCAAUUUAUGAAGGUGAUUUGAUUAAUGGAAUUCGAAGUGGAAAGGGUAAGCAAGUAUGGCCAGAUGGUAUAAAAUAUGAUAAUUUAGGCUCAUAUUAUGAGGGGGAUUUUAUAAAUGAUAUGGCAGAUGGAAAAGGAUUAUUAGUAAAUGCUGAAGGAAGUGUCUAUGAUGGAGAAUGGUUAGAGGACAAAGCCAGCGGUUUUGGAAAGUACUACAGUCAUGAUGGAUUAUACUAUGAAGGAUAAUGGCUAGAGGACAAAUAACAUGGUAUCGGGAAAGAGAUCAAUUCAAAAAGUUCAUAGAUAAACUAAAUUUGUUAGAUGAAUGUUAUGAGGGUGAAUUUGUUAGAGGAGUUAAAUAAGGAACAGGGAAGUUGACUAUAAAUGCUGGAGAGUAUUAUGAAGGCGAGUUUUAAAAUGGAAUGAUGAAUGGUUAAGGUAAGAAAUUGAAAUAGUAAUAAAGCAAAGGAACUUAUACUUGGAAAAACAAAAAAUAUUAUACAGGAGAAUGGAAAGAUGGUAAAAUUGAAGGAUUUGGAAUAAUGAAAUGGGAAGAUGGAAGAUAUUAUGAAGGAAAUUUUUAGAAUGGAAAAUAACAUGGGGAAGGUACAUUUGUUUGGAAAGGCAAAAAGUAUGUAGGUGCAUGGAUAAAUGGUUAUUAAGAAGGGGAAGGAACUUAUUAUAAUAAAUAAGGUUAGAGUAGAGUAGGAAUCUGGAAAAAUGGCAAGAGAGUAGAAUGGCUUGAUGAUAAUAGUAGCAAUAAUAGCAUUGAAUAAACAUUUUGA